AUGGUUUCUGUACCAACUGAUAGAAGUUUACAAAUCUCAUGGGAUGCAUUAGCAUAUACUGAUGCAACAUUAUCAUAUUUUAGCUUACCAUACGAAAUUAUUCAGAACGAACAAAAAUUAUUACCCGCUAUACCUCCACUUCCAUGA